AUGACAACAUCAAGGACCCGGGAGCCGAGUCCACCCAAGCAGGAGGAGCCGAUGACGCCAACUACACCAAUACUCCCCGAGCCAAAGGAAUCACCAGAGUUCCCAGAGGCCAAGGAAUCGCCACUGCCUUUAGAGCCAAAGGGACCACCAGUGCCCCAGAAGCCCCAUGCUCAGGAUUCCCUCCACGGGAAGUCGGGAAGUCAGCCUCCCAGUAGGGAUCCCAGCCCUUUGGCCAAUCAUCCAGCUCUCCAAGGACGACCAGGAGAGCCUCUCCCUCCAACCAUUCCUGACAUUAGGCUGGAGAGACCCCCUAGAAGGUCAUCAUAUCGAGGAGUUAGGUGCCAUCAGUGCCACGGGUACGGCCACGGAUACCCAGAAUGUCCCAGCGUCGUCAGACACGAUUAUUGUGUCGUGUGUGGAAAAUGGCAUUGUAAUCCAUUUUCCUGCGAACUGGGCGAUCAGCGCCACCAAAAAGCCAAAGAGGCUGUGAAGUGGAACCUCCCUCAUCAGCCUCAGCAGCCCAACCCCAAGACUGCACCACGUGCCACUAAUCUCUCCAGAUAUCAAUCCACAGAAGCCAUGCCAGAGACCCAACCCCUUACCAAUAGGCCUAUUCCCUCUAGGACUCUUAGUACUCCUGCCAUCAGGCCCAAUCCUUCCCCCACACCCAGUCAAGUCACCCCUACCAACAGAGGAGCCAACCACAAAGUGCCAGUCACGGUAUAUCCCCCAUCCCAGCCUCCAACCCAGUCUCAGCGCCUACACAGCGGAGAGGAGGUACCCACCCAGGCCAGAUUGGGACCCACCAGGGGUCAAACGCAUGCGGAAUCAGCCGCCAAGCAUCCAAGGACCUCCCCUACUCACCAUGCUCCGUAA